UUUCAGCACUAAAAGUAGCUUAGUAUUGAUAACGUACUUGUAUAGUGAAAAACAGAAGGUGCGAAAACUAAAUUUUCAUCAGGAGGUGUCACAGUUAGUUACCAAAAUAGCAUGUUGUCGUGUUUUAUUUCAUAGAUGCGAAUUCACUUACAUUAUCUUUUAAUCCACGAAUUGCUAUUGUGGAAGUGCGUCACAAAAGCGAGAGGAUUGCCUAGCAACAGCUGGCAUCAGAGGCUGAGGACACCUGGUGAACAUACAGGUGAAACUUAGCAAAGGAUCUAUUGAUUCGUUCGAGGCGGCUAUAAUAACCGUUUGGCUACGUUGAAAUAAAUGAUAAUUAAUGGGCAACUAUUGGAGUCAAUCACAUUUUUCGCAUUGUGCUCUCAGGAUCUGUAGAAAGACACACGGUUAAUGACAGAAAUUCUCGUUUUCCUCCCGUAUUAGUUUGAACGCAUUAAUGCUGUGAAAUGUAUGACAGACUAUAUUGUAAAUAUAUUGAGUGACGAGAUCCCUUGAUAUUUAACAAUCUUACACGCUGUCAUGGGGAACGCAUCGUCGAUAGAACCAACCAAGACGAUUUUCUUGGACAUUGAUGGGAAAAAAGAAAAGGUUAUGUUCAGUAGACAUUGUGGUUCCAGGGAUAUCCACGACCUGAUUGCACAUGCAGCCGGUGUGAGUCGGUAUGCCGAAAUAUCCCUCAGAGAUUCAACCGGGGCUUUCGUGUCCCUAAACCCCACGAUGCCGAUAAACACACAAAGCUCUCCAUAUAAGGUAUCAUCAAAAGAGCCGUCACCCACGACAGGAGAUGGAGAAGUAUUUACCCAAGUUCUGUCACAAGUAGCAACCCAGUUUAACAAGGUUUUUAAAGUUGAGGAAAUGAAGACCGACAUCGCCACACGUUUGAGUGCUUUAGAAAGGAAAAUGGAGCUUGAAGGCUUGAAAGCAGUUGAAAUCGAGAAGUGCAAGAGAGAUAUAUCGGAUAUCAAAGAUCAAAUUUGGAACGCUCAGAAGAAAUUUGUGGAUUUCAACCGAUUGAGUGAUGAUACCCAAACAAUCAGUGGUGAUACUCAAACCGCCAGUUCGUUGAGUGAUGAGAGGAAGAUAAGUUUAAAACGAGAUGUCCCUUCAUACCCUAAGUACACUCUUUCACAAGAAACAAUAGAGUAUCUCAAACAACCAACAUUUGACAUUUGGCAUUGGGAACCAAACGAGAUGCUGAGCUUGCUUGAGCACAUGUUUCAUGAAUUGGGUCUUGUUGCCGAGUUUAAUAUCAAUCCAAUAACACUCAAGAGAUUUUUCUUGUGUGUUCAAGAAAACUACAGGAAUAACCCGUUUCACAACUUCCGCCAUUGUUUUUGCGUCACUCAGAUGAUGUACGGAAUGAUACACCUGUGUCAUUUGUGGGAGGUCAUGACCCGGGAGGAUCUUGGGAUUCUGAUGACAGCAUGUGUCUGUCACGAUUUGGAUCAUCCUGGAUAUAACAAUACGUAUCAGAUUAACGCCCGGACUGAAUUGGCGAUUCGAUACAAUGAUAUCUCACCUUUAGAAAACCAUCACUGUGCGGUUGCUUUUAAAAUCUUAUCUAAUCCAGAAUGCAAUGUUUUUGCCAAUGUCGAUAAAGAUACAUUCAAAAGGAUCCGUGCUGGCAUAACUAUGUUGAUUCUUGCCACGGAUAUGGCACGUCACGGAGAAAUAAUGGAUAAUUUUAAAAUGAAACUUGAGCCCGAAUUUGACUACAAGAACAAGGAUAGCCUCGAUACGCUGAAAAUGGUGCUGAUAAAAUGUUGUGACAUUUCCAACGAGGUCAGACCUAUGGAAGUUUCUGAACCCUGGGUUGAUUGUCUUCUGGAGGAAUAUUUCAAUCAGUCCGACCGAGAGAAAAUGGAAGGAUUACCAGUAGCGCCAUUUAUGGACAGAGAUAAGGUCACAAAACCAACAGCACAAAUUGGAUUCAUCAAAUUUGUUCUCAUUCCGAUGUUCGAAACAGUGGCGAAGUUGUUUCAAGUUAUUGACAGUACUAUGGUUGAACCAUUAAGAAUAGCACGUGAUCGCUAUGAAGAUAUGAAAGAGAAAAACUCGAUGCCUCCGCCUCCUUCACAAAACAAGAAGAAGACGGUGACAGAGAAAUGAUAAGUUUAGAUCACAGACAAUUCCUUAUCACAGGGAGAACUAUGAUAAUCCUCUGCAUAAGUAACGACCUAGUGUGCAUGUCCUUAGAGAUACCCAUUUAACUCGUGUUGUUGUCUUGGAUAUAUAACUUUUUACUGUCGAACUUCCAGCACAAAAUUUAACAUUUACAUUUUGGGUAACUAAUGAGAUUGACUGAGGAAGAUGGUUCGCUGGCUUUGUUUUAGUAAAUAGGAUAACUCUGGCGCCAAAAUAUUCAUUUUAAUCUGGUCAAUGUUAUGAUUUUGAAAUUGGAAACCAUUGGGGUUCCAAAUAGUUUCACCAUAUUGUCUGGUUAUGAUAUACCAUGAUAUUCCCUGUAAGCUAUGACAUCUACAAUAGCUAAGUACUAACAUUUCUAAGAAUCUUGCAGUUGAGUAAAGGUAGGGAACAAGGCGCAGGGGUUUAAGUUAUUAAACACAUUUUUUGUGCGAAGAAAAUAUCGUGCAGAAUUUGUUUUCUGGGUUUGAUCAUGAGAGAAAUAUAUUUAUUAUUUAUUUUUAUAUUUUCAACAGUGAAAUACUAAUUUAUCCAUUGAAUAAAAAUGAUAUUUUCACAAAGUGAAAAAUAACUGAUAGUGACAUGCUGUGUAUUUCUAUACAGUUUUAAAGAUUUGAUAUAGUUAUGUUCUAAAACCAAAGAAAAUGUAAUAAUUUGAAAAUCUAAUGCUUUGUUGUUCGAUAUGGAAGUUGCAUGUUUUUCAAUCGUCAGACAAGUUUUAUAAAUAUAUUCUCUCAUGCUUUUCACUCGUGAAAACAAAAACAAAAUCCCAUCUUCGUCGUGAAAUAAAUUCCACAUCCAACCACAAAGUUUACAUUUCCAUUGUUCAUUACAACUUAUAAUGAUAGCCAUAUCCUCAUCAAUUGUGAACAAUCCGCGUGCGAGUCUUGAUAAAUAUGCUUAGUCUAUUUUAACACCUGUAAAUUCUAACAGAAAUGAUAAUAGAAUGCAAGUAUAAACAAUAAAUUUCAUUAAAAAAUAACACUUGAGGAUUUGACCUGCAUCUCUUCUUGUAUACCUUUAUGAACCAUAAACAUGUUUCCUGAAGUAUGUCGACGUGAGGAUUCUAAAAAUUGAAGUUUAUUUUCUAAACAUCAAAAUAAUAGCCGAAAGGGGAGAUGCAUAAAUACAUGUGUAAUGACUAACAUCAUUUAUAAAGAAAAAUGUUUUUUAUAAUAUGUGUAUUGUUUCAAUUUGGCGAAAAUCACGUGUUUUCUCAAAUCCACCGUUCUGGUUCUUAGGAAUGUAGUCACUUAAUUAAUAGAACGAUUCCGCUGUGAUAUAUUUUUGUUUACUCUAUAUUCAAUGUAGUCAAUCAAUUUCACACUACAGUAACCCAUAUUUUGUCAAGAAAGAUUGUUGUGAUAUCAGUUUUGAAUUGGUAACCUUUAAAUCGUCCUCCAUUUAUGGAGUGAACACUUUGAAAUACACAAACAAAAAAUAAUACUACUCAUUACAAGGGUUUGGAUUUUCAUACAUUAGGAUUUUGUAAAAAUAAAAAUGAGUGAUCAUUAUAUUUAUUUACUAAAAAUACUUAAUUUUCUUUGAAGAUUUACUAUGUGACUGUGAUAUAAUUCCGAACUUUUCACAAUAAUGGACUAACUUCUAACUUGAAAUAUUCAAGAACAUUGAAGCUUUGUCUUUAACUUAUUUGCCCUGUUAGAAUUAUCCGUCCAACUGCAAUUUCACUGCUAAAUGUAAUUAAUUUCAAAAUAUAAAUUUGAUUUCCCAUUAUACCGAUACCUUAAGUUGUACAUGUACCAUUUAUUCUUAUUUCUUUUGUCAAAUGAUUGUCAGUUGUUGUUUAAUUAGUCUAACGUUAGUAAUUUUUAAACAAUUGUUUAGUUUUAUAUUUAACGAUUUAUUCCUCACAUUGAAGUUACAAUAAAUAUUGAUAACACUCCAAA